CUUGUUUUUGACUGCAUAGUGAUAGGCACAUAUGUGACUCGUGAGCAAUGACGCAGUUACUAAAUAAUCGUGGUUUUAAUGGGCGUGUGUGUUUUUUAUAUCGUUCUAGCUCAGGGUGCAUGCACUGCGUAUGGGUGUCCAGAAUAUAUCGAGUUAAUGAUGCUAUGUUAACUUAUGCAUAUAUUAGGCUAAUAAUAGCCUACUCAACCUUACGAUAGUCUUAACUCACGCGAUGAUGUAAAUACAAUCCCAUAAAAUAUUGAUUGCCAACGCACUCUUGAAGAUUGCAACGAAACAAAGCAACGGGCUCCGCAAAUUCUCCACGUGCAAAUCACGGCCGUUGUCAAACCGUUCGGCUCAAUGAAAUGAGCCGCAGCUAUCUGAAUUGUGCAGCCAGGCAAGAUUCCCGGGAGUGAGCGCAUCCCAAUGCCUGGCACAGGCCGCGUGUCCGCCGAUACAGACAGCGUCUCAACAACAGCAGCAGCAGCGUUAUCACUCGCACCGCCCUAUCUGCCGGAGAUGCGGGAGGCGAGCGUGCGAGUGGCGUUAUUUGCUUUGCGGUAAGAUUUAUCAUGGGCUUCGUGAAUGUGGCCAAGGUCGUAAGAAAUGGUUGGUGGGCAGUGGGGAGGAUGAGCAAAGGAAUGAACGUGGAUUGAAGAACGGAUUGCUAUCUCUGUACAGCCUGACGGGUUCCCAAGGUCAUCAGAGAAGUGAACCGAAACCGCGUCGUGAAGAGUGUUUCUGUGGCCCUAAGUCGUGACGCGUGUGUUGUUUCCAUGACCUCGGCAGAAGGCGAUGACAACGAGCAGCAACUGGCUUCACGGCACGAGCACACGGCAAGGGGUGAGCACAGGUGAACAACAAAGACGCGCACGCGCGUGCGCGCGCGCGCAGCCAUGCAAGCCACCGGCAAGUACGUGGCGAUGGACUGCGAGAUGGUGGGAAUCGGCCGCGGCGGCACGGAGAGCGCGUUGGCUCGCUGCAGCAUCGUCGACUACAACAAGCGCGUCCUCUACGACGACUACGUGAAGCCCGAGCAGCCCGUCACCGACUACCGCACGCGCUUCAGCGGCAUCCUUCCCCGUCACCUGGUGAACGCGACGCCGUACGAGGAGGCGCGGAAGGAGAUCAAGAAAAUCCUGGAGGGAAAAAUAAUCAUCGGCCACGACAUGCGGCGGGAUUUCUCAACCCUGGGCCUGAACAUCCAUAUGUUCGACACGCGUGACACGUCACUGUGCGAGCCGCUGCUGAAAAAGGCAAAGCUCACCGUUGGCAGGAGAGCGUCGCUCAAAAACCUAGCACAGAUCCUGCUCUCAAUCCAGAUCCAGAACAGUUCAGAUGGGCACUGUUCGGUGGAGGAUGCCAAGGCAGUCAUGGACCUCUUCAGGCUGGUGGACAAAGAGUGGGAGAGGGGCCCACACUCGUGGCCCGAGGCCCCACUCCCACGGCGUCACCAGAACCAACGAUUCAACCGUUACUUAGACUUUGAGGACUGCAAUAGCUACAAUGACUGUCGUGAUAGUGAUGAUUACGGUUAUGAUUGAUGAUCCGCUUAAUUUAACAAGGUGCCGUUGCGCAUAACAACGGUUUACAUUUUGAAGCACGUUUUCAAAUUUAGCAAUUUUUUUUUAAUCACACCUUGCUUUUAAAACUGUAGUCCUUAAGAGAAACCGAUUUUGGUCAUGUUGUAAAUGUGUACAAAUCUUGAACAUAUUUACUGGAAUGUGCCAGAUAAUUAAAUGUAUAGUACUAUAUUUUUAAAGUGAAUAUUAAACGAGAUCGAGCUAUG